UGCAUCUCGCGAUGGUCGGGCGUGUUUUCGUGUUCGCUCUUCUUCAGGCGACGUCCGCCGUGCUGCUGACCCCCUCUGCGACGCGGCCUGCGCUCGCGCCUGCGCGGUCGGCCGUUGUUGCAAAGGUUGCGAGCAAGAAGGAGCUCGCCGAGGCUGCGGCGGCCGAGCAGGAGCGCCAGCUCGCCGAGAUCCUGGCCGGGACUGAGACCAGCGCCGCGCCGGCCAAGGGCAAGGGCAAGAGCAAGGCGGCGGCGCCGCCGCCACCGCCCAAGGCGGCCCCGCCGCCGCCGCCGCCCAAGGCGGAGCGUCAGGUGCCGGAGAAGAAGAGGAUUGAGCGUGCCGGCCGAGGCAAGAAGGCUGAGGUCGCUCCUCCUCCUCCGCCGCCGCCGCCGCCUCCGCCGCCGCUCUCGCCCAAGGAGGCCAAAUUCGUUGCUCGCCAGGAGGCUGCGGCCGCAGCGUCGGAGAAGAAGGCGGCCGCACGCGCCAAGGAGGCCGCCGCGCAGGCGCAGCAGAGCCAAAAGGCAAAGGCGGACCGCGAUGCCGCAAAGGCGGAGCGGGAGGCGGUGGCGGCCAAAGCGACGGCGGCAUCGCCAAAGCUGGCCGUGCCGAGCUUCUCCCUGCCCUCCAUCUCCCUCCCGUCCUCGCCGUCGCCCUCAGCCUCUGCCCCGAGCGUCGGCGGCCUCGGCCCGGGUGAGACGGGGCUCGCGGCGGGCGUCGCGCUCGGCCUGCUGCCCGCGGGCGCGCUGAUCGGGCUGCGCUCGUUCCUCGUCAGCGGCAAGCGGUACCGGGCGUGAGCCCACUCGCCGCCGCGGCCCUCCUCGAGAGGAGCCGCUCCGGUGUCGACGCGGCGGGACCCUCGCGGCAGGGACGGGGGGCAGGGACGCAGGGAGAGGGGCAUCAGGGCCCUACUAAGGGAGGGCGCCCUCU